AUGCUGCCGGCCGAGGCCGGAUCGGGCCCGCGCCGCCUGUGCGCCUACCGGGAGGAGCUGGAGGCGGCUGAGCUGAAGCGGUUCAAGCUCUACGUGGGGACGGGCGGGGCCGGGCGGAGCGGGAUCCCCCGCGGGCGCAUGGAGGCGGCGGGCGCCCUAGAGAUGGCGCAGCUGCUGGUGGCCCACCUGGGCUCCCGCCAGGCCUGGCUGCUGGCUCUCGGCGUCUUCGAGCAGAUCCACACGAGGGACCUGUGGGAGCGGGGACAGAGAGAGGACGUGGACGGGGACGGGGGGACUCCACCUGGCAGCCUGUCCUCAUCUGAGAGCCAGCCAGCCUGCCUUCCAGAAGUCUCUCCUGGCGCCCCAAGACCAGAACCGCUGGACGCCUGCCGCGCGCACGUGCGCAGGACCUUCCGGCUGAUGCGGGACCGCAACGCGCGCCCGGGUGAAAGCGUGAAUCUCGGGCGCCGCUUCACGCGGCCGCAGCUGUCUCAGGGCCACGGGGGACCCCCGGGGGUGGCAGCAUGCCUGGAGACGCUGUUUGAGCCGGACGAGGAGCGGCCGGAGCCACCACGCACCGUGGUGCUGCAGGGCGCGGCGGGCAUGGGGAAGACCAUGCUGGCGCGCAAGGCGGUGCUGGACUGGGCCGACGGGCGGCUGUUCGCGGGCCGCUUCGAUGUCGCCUUCUACCUGGACUGCCGCGAGCUGAGCCGGGGCCCUGCGGAGCGCAGCGCGCGCGACCUGCUGUCGGGUUGCUGGCCAGGGCCGGGCACGCUGCCCCCUGAGCUUCUACGCAACCCUGAGCGCGUCCUCCUGGUGCUCGAUGGCCUAGAUGAGCUGCGCGCGACCUUCCAGGGCCCUCAGGGACCCUGGGGCCUGGGCUGGGACGAGCAGCGGCCCACGGAGCUGCUGCUGAGCAGCCUGCUGGCCAAGAGGCUCCUGCCCGAGGUGUCCUUGCUGGUCACCACGCGGCCCUGCGCCAUGGAGCGGCUGCAGGGCUUGUUGCAGCAGCCUAGGCUGGUGGAGAUCCUGGGCUUCUCAGAGGCCGAACGGGAGCACUACUUCCACAGGUUCUUCGGGCAGCCGGAGCAGGCGGCGCUAGCCUUUGGCUUCGUGCGCGGCAGCGAGCCGCUGUUCUCGCUGUGCUUUGUGCCCCUGGUGUGCUGGGUGGUCUGCACCUGCCUCCGGCAGCAGCUGGAGGACGGCGAACUCCUGGGGCCCCCGUCACGCACCACCACGGCCGUGUACACCCUCUACCUGCUCAGCCUGCUGCAGCCCAGGCCUGGCACCCCCACCUUGCAGGGUCCCCCGAACCACAGGGGCCUGUGCUCACUGGCCGCAGAGGGCCUCUGGCAGCAGAAAGUCCUCUUUGAGGAGCAGGACUUGCGGAGGCAUGGCUUGGCAGGUGCCGAAGUCUCCGCCUUCCUCAAUGUGAGCGUCUUCCAGAAGGACAUCAGCUGCGAGCAGCUGUACAGCUUCAUCCACCUGAGUUUCCAGGAGUUCUUUGCAGCCAUGCACUAUGCCCUGGCCGGUGGGGACAGCACUGUGGGCCCCCAGCCCGAGGUGGCCACGCCUGAGUACGCCUUUUCAGACCAGAGCUUCCUGGCUGUCACCGUGCGCUUCCUGUUCGGGCUCCUGAAUGGGGAGACGCGGAGCUACCUAGAGAGGACGCUGCGCUGGGUCAUCACACCGGGCCUGCAGGCGCAGCUGCUGGGCUGGAUCCACAGCAAGGCGCACAGUGAGCUGCAGCGGGGCUCCCUGGAGCUCCUGGGCUGCCUGCAUGAGACACAGGAGCAGGGCUUCAUCCAGCAGGCCUUGCACCCCUUUCAGGUGGUGGUGGUCAGUGACAUCGCCACCAAGAUGGAGCACAUGGCCUGUGCCUUCUGCACCCGGAGCUGUGGGGGUGCUGCUGUGGUGCACCUGUCCGGUGCCAGGAUGGCAUACGGGGCUGAGGAGGAGGAGGAGGAGGAGGCGGAGGAACAGGAAGAUGGCACGGGGUCUUGUGGGGCUCAGACGCUGGCUGGGCAGCUGCUGAGGAAGUGCGGGCUGGAGGCCGGGGCCUGCGGGGAGAUCGCAGAGGUGCUCCGAGAGAGUGCGCACCUGGUGGAGCUGGACCUGACAGGCAACCCCCUGGGGGACGCCGGCCUGCGGCUGCUCUGCCAGGGCCUGGGGUGCAGGGACUGCAGGCUGCGGACUUUGUGGCUGAAGAUCUGCCACCUCACCUCCGGUGCCUGUGAAGACCUGGCUUCCGCCCUCAGCUCAAACACGAACCUCACAGAGCUGGACCUGGGCCUCAACGACCUGGGGGACUUCGGGGUGCUGUGCCUGUGCAAGGGCCUCAAGCAAGCCCGGUGCAAGGUGCAGACCCUGCGGCUGGGCAUCUGCUGCCUGGGCCCGGCCGCCUGCGCCGCGUUAUCCUGCGUGCUCCAGGCCGGUCACCUCGGGGAGCUGGACCUCAGCUUCAACGACCUGGGCGACGCAGGCGCCGCGCUGCUGGGUGAGGUGCGGCACCCCUCGAGCAGGCUGCGCAAGCUGUGGCUGGACAGCUGUGGCCUCACGGGGGCAGCCUGCGAGGAUCUGUCCUGCGUGCUGGGCCGCAGUCCGGCCCUGGCUGAGCUCUACCUGACCAACAAUGCCCUGGGGGACCUGGGUGUGCGGCUGCUGUGCGGGAGGCUGCGGCAGGCCACCUGCAGGCUGCGGGUGCUUUGGCUGACUGGCCUCCAACGUAGCAAAGGCACGCACAGAAGGCUGGCGGCGCUGCGGGCCUCUAAGCCCUCCCUGGAUCUCGGCUGCUGAAAAGCCCAAGCAAGCUGCGGGGCUUCAGGCUACGUCCGAGUCACGUGG